AUGGCUGAAAAAAGCACUUUCUUGAGGCAAAACGCUCUCAUCGCAAUUUUAGCUCAUAUGGAUUCAUUUGUGCCAGCAGAUAGUGCACAUAUUGGAGUGAAUGAUAAGAUAUUCAGCAGGGUUGGCGCAACGGAUAAUAUAACGGCUGGUUAUUCCACCUUCAUGGUGGAGAUGAUUGAAACAGCAACCAUAGUCAACCAAGCAACAGACCGUUCCUUGGUAAUACUUGAUGAAAUUGGUAGAGGAACAGGAGUGUAUAAUGGCUUAUCUAUUGCUCAGGCGGUAAUUGAACAUAUUCACAAUGUAAAUAAGUGCCGCGCUAUCUCUGCAACUCAUUAUACUAAAGUAAGCAAAUACUUGAAAAGUGUCAAGUGUUUCUGUGUGAGAAUAAAAGAAUGGAAAGAGGAGGUGAUCUUUCUACAUGAAGUAGUUGAGGGCGUUGCAGAUGAGUCAUAUGGAACACUUGAUGCUAGUACACAUAGGGAAGCAUUAUUGCUGCUUAAGGAAAGCUCCAAUUAUUUGAUAUAUAAACACAAAGUUAUGAAACAAGCAUUCUCUUCUUCAGCGGACAAUCGUAGUUUUAGUCAGAGCAAAUUGAACAUUGAAAAUUAUUUACUAAAAAAAAAAAAAAAAAUAAAAUUGAUGUGGAAAACGAAUGAAUUACUUUGCGAAUCUAUUUUGCAAGGAGUGAAUUUUGUUGUAGCAAAUACCGAUGCUCAAGCACUAGAAAAAUCAUUAUGUGAUAAGAAAAUUCAGUUAGGUAUUAAUUUAACUAAGGGUCUUGGUGCUGGUGCUUUGCCUGAUGUUGGCAAGAAUGCAGCAGAAGAGUCAAUGAUGAGAUAG